UCGCAAAAAUUCUCCAGUUGGCGCCGCGACGCGCUCGAAGGAGCUUUCGUUCGUUCGACGAGUAUCCCGGGGAAACGACGGACCCGUCGCUCAUCUCGCUCCCGCGAAAGGAAAGGGAGGAUCGAGAGUUGAAGAAGAAGCGAACGGGAGUACGCGAGCAAUUAUUUUUCUCCCCUCCCUCUCCCCCCCCCGCCUCCCCCAUCUUUGCCGGAAACAGGUGUGUGCGAGCGCGAGGGAUGCUACAAUGCAACCGGCACGCAUCGCGAGGAUAGCGCGGAAUGGCGGCGCAGCUGCCGCGCGACGAUGGCGGCGUACAAAUUGUCAGUGGGAGAACACGUUUCGGAUUCCUCGGUGAAAUAAGCAGCCGGUUGGAUACCGUAAGUGGUAAAGCCGCUUAUUCGGGCCGGCGGCGGAGGACUUGCAGCCGUAGUAGAGACUUCCAGACUCCCGCGCGGCGCCGCGCUGCCGUGUGGUGAAAUGAAACUUUUUGUCGCACCUGUUGCACAACAGGUGUAUUUUUGACGGAUGCGCGCGCCCCCGUGCGCCAUGUGAAGCUCGCUCGUACUGACUCGAGUCUGACGAUUCUGGCCUGACGGAAGAAAGGUGUCCCCAACUCGGAAGAACGCGACUUUUCUCUCAGGCAAUUAUUGAUCGGACAAGAUGAGCGUGCGGCGGCUGACCGAACGAGUUCGAAGAUGGAUCCGCGUGUGCGAUAGGACGGAAGGAUUUAUUGCGAACUGUGCUGAGAGGUGCUGAAGCGUGAAAGAAAGAGAGAAAGAAAGAGAGAGAGAGAGAGAGAGAGAGAGAGAGAGAGAGAGAGAUCGCGGCAAGAUGACGGGCUUGUUCAAUACGAGCGAGAUUCGGAAUAUCUGCCUGCUACCGGAAGACCUGGAAAUGCUGGAAGAUCCCCGUACACCGACUUUGAGAAGGGUCAGUUAUGGUAUCGUGUUGCCGGCCAUUUGUUGCCUCGGCAUCAUCGGGAACAUUUUGAAUCUCGUCGUCCUCACGAGGAAAAAUAUGCGCGGCACCGCUUACAUCUACAUGAGAGGUUAUUCCGCGGCGGCGCUUCUCGCGAUCCUCUUCUGCAUCCCCUUCGCGCUGAGGGUGCUCAUCCACAAGGAGACCGGUGGAUGGACCAGCUGGCUGCAGGCCUUCUAUCACGCUCAUCUCGAGCUCUUCCUCGGGAACGGCUGCCUGGGGGUUGGAGUAAUGAUGCUUCUGGCAUUGACAGUGGAGCGUUACGUAAGCGUCUGUCACCCUGGACAACACACGCGGCCACUCUGCGGACCACCUCACCUAACAGUGGUGCUCAUCCCACUGGCUACAUUUCUCGUUUAUCUGCCGGUCGUAUUUCGAGGUGAAAUUACAACCUGCCUGCUGGCGCCCGACGGUCCCCUGAUCUACCAGAGGAGAGACAAUCAGCCGUUUCUCGACUCGUGGUACUAUCAGGUUUACAAGGUGGUGCUGGAAGUUGUUUUUAAAGUGGCGCCGACGAUCCUCCUCGCCGGAUUCAAUCUGAGAAUAAUGAUAGUGUACAGAAGGUCCUGCGAGCGGCGCCGGCGGAUGACCUUAUCGAGAACCGUCAGCAGCGACGAGGAUCCGAGAACUUUCGCCGAGGAGCGGAGGCUCAUUCUCCUGUUAGGCAGCACCAGCAUCCUCUUCCUAGUCUGCGUCAGUCCCAUGGUUAUCUUGAACGUCACACUCAGCGAGAGUAAUCUCAACAAUUAUCCUUACCAGGUGUUCCGAGCGCUGGCCAAUCUGCUGGAAGUGAUCAAUUACUCGAUCACGUUCUACAUUUAUUGCCUCUUUUCCGAAGACUUUCGAAACACUCUAAUUCGUACUCUGCAGUGGCCGUGGGUCAAGAGCGACCAGGGCGGCAGGAGCCUGCCUAUGAAACGCUCGCCGAUCCCGAGGCCGACGACGACGACGACGACGACGACGACCCCGCCGACCACCACCGUCGCCACCCCCGGACAUCUGACGCGCGCCAGCGUUUAACGCGGAUCCUUUGCCGUCGAUCCUCUGGCGUCGACCGCCGGAACAGAGGGACUAGAGUCUAGCGCGAGAGCGGGGGGAAAAAAAAAAAACUUUAUAAAAUGGAGCGACGCGCGAGACAGCGUGCAAUUGUCGCGCGGGACAAUCGCGCGUGUACAAACGUUUGCACGACGGUGAUAAUGGAGGAUUGAUUAAACACGGUCGAUCGUC